UAAAAUCGUUUUAAGGAUGGGGUGGGCGGAGGAGGUAGAUGUCCUUUGGGAAACGUCUUAGCCAUGGAAAGCGCUUCGGAAGCGCGUUCACGUGAAGGUUGCUUCAGGUACAAUGGAGUUUUGUUAAUGCAGCAUAAUCCGUGAUUGACGAUUUGUCAAACGUUGCAAUCGGUCCGUGAGAAUCUUUGGAAAUGUUGAGCUGGUUCAGGGACGCUGCAAAGCGGGAGCGUGGCACUGGCCACGUGCAGGAACGACUGGAAAAUGACAGCGUCUCGCGGAACCUCGACUGCUCCGAGGGAGAGCCCGUUACGAGCACGCGCACCAGGUUCGAGGAAGAGAAGCAAACGCGAGAUCGGGACUGUUCAAAGAUCGAUGCGAACUGGCUCGACUUUGGCUUUGACUCAGUCUCCUUGCUCCACCGGCGAGACAAGGGGAAUGGCACGCGAGACGGUAACCGAGCGGGCGGCAGAAAGCGAGUUUCUCUGGCGGAGACUUGCUCCCGGGUUCCAGAAGUGAGAGGCAUGGAUAACGAACCCGACAGCGAUGACACCGGGGCUCGCGGCGCGUUGGGCACAAGGCGCAGGUCGGGGAAAGUGGCUACGGAGCUCGGGCAAGGUGACGGUGCAGGCGGCCCGCAGCGGCUGGCUGUGGAGCGCGAGCGCGCGAGCGAGAUCCAACGGCCGCCCGUGGAAUGUGAGGGCGCGAGCGGGCUGGCGGUGGGAGGCGCGACGAACGAUUGUGCGGUCCGGCGCGUGCAAGCCGGUGACAGUUGGCACCGCCUGGAACUGCGCUGGGAUCAUGGCAACCCUGCGAGCGCGCCGUUGGCAGGCUGGGACGCCGGGGAGCCACUGCGCAAACGCCCGUGUUCCCAACAAGUAAAUAAACAAGCGGACAUGUCGCUUUACACGUACAACACGAACCCUCCACAUGCCAGCACGGUCCACAAUCCUCCAGUUGUGCAACCCCAAAUAGCAACACUACGCGGAAAUUCUUUGGAUCCACUGAACGUAUCUUUCUCCAAAAGUUCGGGUAGUUUAGAAAUCAACAAGAAAGUGCGGAAACAAGAUACAAGUAGUGAGGAUGAACUACCAAAGUGCUCGAAGGCAGUUUCUAAUAACAAAGAGGAUCAAUGUCAAGUAAAAUGCGAAUCGUGGAUAACACCUGACACCUUGAAUAAACAUCUUUGUACCAAAACCACAAGUAGUAAGAGAAUGAAUCUGUCAAAGUUAGUGUUAGAUCACAUAGCACCUUGCAUGAAUCAAUACGGGUUGUGUUUUGUCGAUAACUUUUUGGGGCACAAAAUUGGCGACAAAAUUUUGCAAGAAGUUGUAACUCUCUAUCAGAGUGGCAGUUUUGAGGAUGGAACGCUGGCAGGGCAGAGUACCACUUCAGAUAAAGAAGUAACUGCACCUUCUGGCACUUCCAAUAAAACUAUUCGUGGAGACAAAAUAAUGUGGGUACAGGGUACUGAGCCUGGCUGUGCAUCUAUAGGGCUUCUGAUGCAAAGAAUGGAUAAACUUAUAUUACAUGCGGAUGGGAAACUUGGGCACUACAGAAUCAGAGGAAGGCACAAGGCAAUGGUAGCCUGCUACCCAGGGAAUGGAACAGGGUAUGUCCGGCAUGUUGACAAUCCAACUGGUGAUGGUCGUUGUGUGACAUGUAUUUAUUACCUGAAUAAAAACUGGGAUGCAAAGGUUGAUGGUGGUAUUCUUCGAAUAUUUCCAGAAGGAAAAUCAUAUGUAGUUGAUGUUGAGCCAAUGUUUGAUAGAUUAUUGUUAUUCUGGUCUGAUCGAAGAAAUCCACACGAAGUACAACCAGCAUAUUCUGUCAGAUAUGCUAUCACGGUAUGGUACUUUGAUGCAGAGGAGAGAGCUGAAGCCAGAACUAGGUACCGUAAUCGCACAGCUUCUGGAGAAGCAACAAGCUUUUCGUCAUGACUGUAACAGUGGUGAAACUUGACUGAUGAGCUAAGCCUCUGAACAGUGGGAAGUAUAAUUCCAUGGGAAUUCCUGACGUAACUUGAACAUGUGAGCUACAAAAUUACUGAAUUUGCACCUGGAUGCCAUCGUGUAUGCUGGUCAACAAUUUGGCAAUUCAGUAGUGGCAAUAAACAAGUUGUACUGGAAGGUUUCUUUGAAAACUAUAAAAGUUAUAUUGCCAGAUAAUAAAAUGGUUCCUCCUGUAAGGACUCAGAAAUGAUUUUAUACAAUAUGGUUGUGUGCAGUUUUUGUUUUCUCUCCUCUUACUGCAACAUUAUUAAAUGACUGUUAUUGACCUUUUGGCGGUUCUGGUUCCAUGUAACUAUUCUUUACUUUAAACAGUUGGUCUUGUUUUCAGUUAUCCUGUGUUGCUUCAUGAUAGACAAAAUAUGAAUCUUUCCUUUUUUUAUAAAAGCUGCUUUAUAGCAUAUUUGGCACCAUUAAUUUUUAACAGUUGACCAAGAAGUUCUCAAUUCAUUACUGCCUAGGAUGUCAUGUGGCUGGGAGCUACAUAAAUCUGCAUGCUAAAUGAAUUUUAUGCCUGUUGACAUAAAAUUUGCAUUGUAACAGGCAGUUUGGCUGAAGUAGUCUUUGCUGGUAUUUAUACUUGAACACUGAAAAAAAGUGUGCUUAUUCUACAAAAUGUAUACAAUUAUUUAUAUUUUUCAAAGUAUUUACUAGCCAAAACUGAGAAAUAUUGAGGAAUGUAGGACGCUGAUCUCCAGGCUGGGAGUUUUUUUUUAAAGAAUGAAUAUAUCUUUCACUAUAUAAACCAGAGAUUGUUAAACAUUUCAUUGGAGAAGUAAAGAUUUUUGAAAAAUAUGAGUCAUUAUUUUUUGAUAUGAAGUACUAAUGGUCACAAGGUUCUAGAAACAUGAGAUACGGUAUGGUAUGUUUAACCUUUAGAACUGUUUUUCUUAUUCUCCAUUAACGCUUCAAAGUUAUUCAUCUGCAUUGUUUCAGGCAAAAAAAAGUCUUUUGUCCUCAAUUAUUUGUGAAACAACCUUCAUUACUGAACACAGAUAAGUGGAAAUUUAAAGCUGAAAGUACUUACAGAAGAUACAAAACUCUAACAGUUAUGCUCCUGAGAUGCUGCUUGGCCUGCUGUGUUCAUCCAGCCUCACAUUUUAUUAUCUAACAGUUAGUUGUUUUACAAGUACAAUGAUCCGUAACCAAAGACUUGAGUAACAGGCUACUUGUUUGCACAGUGAAUUGCUGAUAAUAUGGUUAUUAUGUUGGCCAUUGCCCCGAAUGCUGGUAUUUACCAGUGACAGAGGGUGCCCAUGUCACCUGGUGAAGCUUUCAGAUAAAACAUGGCAAGCCAGCUGUGCUCUUGAGAGGGUGGAGGUUCCUGUUCAAUCAUACUGUGUCUAACCAAAGCUCCCUACAGCAUUGCUAUCCGGUCCCUGCAUAUUCCUUUUCCACUCUGAGCAACAUAUCACAGCCUCACAACAUUGUUUCCAGACCAAAGCUGCCCACUUCCUUUGGUGCUGUAAGGAAGGAUCACUGAUGUUAGAGCAUAGAUCACUACUUUCAGUGGUGCUGAAGAGCAACCAGAUAUUUAACUGGCUGUCAGUGCCCAUGGCAAGACAUGGUGGACAAAGUGAGGACCUAAUGGGUACUAAAUCUGGUUAAGGUUUCCUGGUGAUAUAGAAGCAGGACCACAGACUC